AUGGCCGCUGAAACUCGCCAAAAACCGGAGAGCAUCUCCAUUAGCCCUCUGCUCAAGAGACUUGCGUACCCCGCGUCCGAAGUUGCCGUCGAGGCUACAGAGAUAGCUUCUGCUUUCGCCUUAAUUUUCGAGGAUCGCCUCUCUGACAUACAGACUGCGGCUCUUCUCACACUUCUACAUUCCACCCAACUGGACAAGGAUGCGGAAGUUAUCGCCAAAUGUUCAUACCGAAUGAGGGACGCGGCUUUUCAAACCGACAAGGCGGCCUUGACGCAAGCGAUUCAAUCUCGGGGGAAACAUGAGGGAAACUAUAAGGGUGGCCUUUGCGACAUUGUCGGAACAGGCGGCGAUUCCCAUUCCACUUUCAAUAUUUCAACGACUGCUUCGAUUCUCGCUUCUCCCCUCCUCGUCAUGGCUAAGCAUGGAAACCGUGCGCAAACAUCUUUCUCCGGAUCUGCUGACGUCUUAAACGCCAUUUCUCCCGUCCCUCCCAAGAUUAGUGCUGUCUCUGCCGAGAAUCUUAGCCAAGUGUAUACUGCGUCGAACUACGCUUUCUUGUUCGCUCCUAAUUUCCAUUAUGGCAUGAAGUACUCGGAUACUGUGCGUCGAAGUCUUGGGCUGCGGACGAUCUUCAAUCUCAUGGGCCCGCUCGCAAACCCUGUUGAUUGGGCCAUAGAAGCCCGCGUGGUUGGUGUCGCCUACCAGGCUCUCGGGCCUGUGUUUGUGGAGGCUCUGCGCCAGAACGGCGUCAAAAAGGGCCUCGUUGUUUGCGGCGCGGAAGACUUGGAUGAAAUUAGUUGUGCAGGGAAAACAAACUGCUGGAGGCUCUCGGAGACCCCUAACCCCGAUUUCAAAGAGUCAAACCAGGAGGACGAUGAUGAGGACAUCGUCCCACGCACAAUAGCCAAACAAGAGGAGUUUCAACUAGAGCCGGCCGAUUUCGGCCUACAAAGCUACCCGUUGAGCGAAGUAUAUGGAGGGAAGAUGCCAAAGGAAAAUGCGGCAAAACUUAUGUCCAUCCUACGGAAUGAGUUGCCCAGGGACGACCCAAUUUUGAGCUUCGUUCUUAUGAACGUAGCAGCACUCCUGGUUACCUCUGGAAUUUGUGAAUCUGAGACUUCCAACAUGGGCCCUGGGGACGAUGGCCAAGUAAUUACUGAGCGCGGUCCAGGUGGUGGCCGCUGGAAGGAAGGUGUCCGACGAGCGCGCUGGGCUAUCGAAAGCGGCUCGGCUCUCAAAUCCCUGGAAAACUUCAUCGAGGUUUCGAACAAACUCUAG